GUUUAUCAAUUGUGGAUUUUUUGGUCAUUAUGCAUUUACCAUUUUUAAUUACCGAUUUAUUGUAUGGACGAUGGUUAUUUGGUAAAGUAAUGUGUAAAUUUUAUUGGUUUGGUGAAAGUGUUAAUAAAUUAUUAAGCAGCUUUAUAAUGACCGCUCUUAGUUGGGAUAGAUAUUUGUCAGUAUGUUCACCAAUUAAAUCCAUCAGAUUACGAAGAACAAUUGUAGCAUGUUUUGUUUUAUUGUUAUGUUCAGCUUUAGCAAUAACACUUUUGUUACCUGUUGUAAUGAAUGCAACUGUUGUGAAUGUUGAUGUUCAAACAGGUAGCCUAAUAACAGAUAAUCAAAAUGAUACUUAUCAUUUAGAUCAUUAUCAUCAUCAUCAUCAUCAUCAUCAUCAUAUAACACAAACAAAAUGUAUAUUUGAAGAAAGCAAUCCAACAUUUAUGUACUAUAUAUUUACAUGUGGCUUCUUAUUACCUGCUCUUUUAAUAACCUAUUUUUACCUAAAUGUAAUUAUCCGAUUGCACAAAAGUUUUGCAAAUGUUCAUCGAUGCACUUUUAUAGCGAAACAACGGAAUAUGCGAAUACGACAUGUAACGAAACGAAUUAUUGUUAUGAUUUUAUUUUAUUUCUUUUGUUGGAUGCCACAUUGGAUAUUAAAUUUAUUGGCACAUUUUGAGCUUAUUGUUGUAACCUGGUCAACUUUAACAUUAUCAUCAAUCUUUUUUGCGGCUCAUUUAUUGGUAUGCUUUAAUUCAGCUGUAAAUCCCAUCUUAUAUGCUCUUAUCAAUCGAGAAUUACGUGAACAACAUGCGAAAGCAUUAAUUAAACGAUGUCGUUCAUUAUCAAAUGCUACCAGUACUGCCUUAAAUGCAUUCAUCAAACAUUCUCAUUAG